AACCACUUUGCAGCCGUGCUCUCCAAUUACUGCUCUUGUUGACGUGUUCUGCACCCAGCCUCCCACGGAGAACUCUGUGUGUGUGUGAACUGGCACAACAUUGCUGUACCGACCGCUGCAGUGUGACGACAUUCAGCAGAACAAUCGGCCUUUUUAUUCCAGCAGUAGCCUCCCCGCCCUGUGAGCUGCCUGAAUCGGCAAUCCUCUCACAACAGAGCCUUUUCGAAGGAGAAGGAACUGACACUGUUCACUGUGAUAAGUACGUGGGGAGACGAUGGCUCGCUGGAUCACUGGCUUGUUGCUCCUGAUGGGACUGAGCACCACAACAAGCUCCAACCCUGGCUGCCGCGUCCGCAUCACUGAGAGAGGCCUGACGCUGAUUCAGUAUGAAGGAUUGAAAUUUGUUGCUGAAGAACUUGAAAAUAUCUCAAUUUCGGAUGUAUCUGGGAAACAGGGUCCAUUCCAGUAUUCCAUUAAUGGGGUGAAUAUCAAUGAACUGGAUUUAUCUGGUGCCACCCUUGGCUUCCAAAAUGGCACUGGUCUACUCUUUGAAACAAUUAACUCAUCCAUCAGCAUCACCUUCCAGAGGGACAUGAUGUACUGGCUGUUGAAGGACUAUGGCCAGAUUAAUGCCUCUGCUGAAGGAGUCAACAUCUGGACUGUACUACAUCUGUCCAAGGGUGAAUUUGGGCAGAUGAUGAUAAACAAGGUGUCCUGCAAAGCCUCCAUUGCCGGAAUGAAAGCAAAGUUUAAUGGGAACUUUCGGGGCUUUUAUGAAAUAUUCGCAACAAUUCUCACAACCGGCUUGCGCUUCCUAAUAAACCAGCAGAUUUGCCCAGCCUUACAGCACUCAGGGCUGGUGCUGCUGAACUCGCUGCUGGCGACCGUACCAGUGCGGACAGCAGUGGAUCAAGACGUAGGGAUCGAUUAUUCCCUCCUCAGUGACCCCGAUGUUAAAUCUGAGUGGAUGGACAUGGACUUCAAGGGAAUGUUCUACCCUCUUCAUAAUGAAAAUGACACACUGCCAAACACUGUAAGUAUGCCUGAUUUGAAGAGCAAGGAUCGCAUGGUGUACAUCUGUUUAUCCGAGUACUUCUUUGACUCUGCCAUGUACUCUUAUUAUAAAGCUGGAACACUAAAGGCUGAUAUUCCUGAGAGCAAGAUGCCCAUGGAUCUUGCUUAUUUACUGAGGACUACAUUCUUUGGAUUAAUUAUCUUGAUGACCCCAACAUCAUCAGCCAAGGAAGCUCCUUUGCUGCUCAAGUUGGAAGUGACAUCGGCUCCUCGCUGCACAAUCAAGCCGUCAGGGAUCACUGCCAGUGUCAGCGCUCGCAUGAAUAUCAUCCUCCUGCCGCCAAAUGCCGCACCAGUCACAUUGUCCAGUAUUACAAUGGAGUCAAAGUUGAAUGCUAAGGUGGCUUUGAAGGGGAAGAACCUAGCAGUCACACUGGGCCUUAAAAGAUUCAAGAUUUUCUCAGCGAAAUCAACUCUAGAAUCACUGGCGUUGAUUCCUAUACAGGCUCCACUGAAAGCUCUUCUGCAGCUCACUAUCAUGCCAAUGAUCAAUGAGCGAGCUCUGCAGGGUGUGCAGAUUCCACUGCCAGAAGGAAUUGAUCUCAUCAAUGAGACUGUGACAAACCACAUGGGUUUUCUGUCAAUUGGAGCAGAUUUACAUUUUUACAAAGGCCUGAGAGAGGUAAUUUAUAAGAACGCACAAGUCUCCACAAAGAGCACAACUCUAUCCAAGUAGGAACAAAACUGUGAUGAAUGGCAGCUGCUCAAGUGUAGGAAGACAAACAACAGCAAUUUACUUACCUUUUAAUUAUUGUUGCAUUUGAUUAGCCAGUCACUGGUUGCAUGGAAUCUAUUCAUUUUAUAUUAAUGUCAUUGACAGAGUGUAGAAUCAAACAUUUUAAGCUUUUGUUGUACACUGAUCAGAUUGGUGGUGUAGGUGCAACAAUUGGUAGUUCAUUUGUUAUGUAUUUUUCCAGAAUUUGUAUUAAUGACGUUAUGAGCUACUAACACUGCACCACAAUCUGAAAGAGAGGGGAAAAUACCACUGUUAGGAUCCUGUGCACGUCCUGUACUCUACUGUACAUAGGAUUAUAGAUUGCAAUCUACUUUUAGGUAUGGGUGAUGAAUAUUUCCCCGUAUCAUCACCGCAUUAUAGUUACUGUCCCAGAGCCAUGCUUUGAACCCAGACUUGAGGAGAAGGCAGUUUAGAUAAUGGGCAUCUCCGAUCAAUCAUUGCAUCACUCUAUAAUACAAACCGCUCUCCUGUACAUCAUAAUAUACUUCCCUUCCAGUUUGAAUUGUGGGAUAUGCAGACUGAAAGCAAUAACGUACAUUCCAACUACUGCAUCCUGCAGGUAGACACAAAAUGCUGGAGUAACUCAGCAGAUGAGGCAGCAUCUCUGGAGAGAACGAACGGGCGACGUUUCAGGUCGAGACCCUUCUUCAGACUGAGAGUUGACCAGGGAAUUUUGGAGGGAACGGUCUAUGCAGAAAGCAGAAAGGGGUGGAGAUGGGAAGACGUGGCCAGUAGUGGGUGGCAAAAAUGUUGGAGGAUUAUAUGCUGUAUGCUAUGGCUGGUGGAGUGGAAGGUGAGGACAAGGGGGACUCUGUCCUUGUUACAAAAGGGGGGGAGAGUAAGAGCGGAGCUGCGGGAUAUUGAGGUGACCUUGGUGAGAGCCUCAUCUAUAAUGGAAGAGGGGAACCCCCGUUUCGUAAAGAAUGAGGACCGAUGCCCUGGUAUGGAACACCUCUUCCUGGGUGCAGAGGUGGCGUAGACGGAGGAAUUGGGAGUAGGGGAUAGAGUCUUUACAGGAGGCAGAGUGGAAAGAAGUGUAGUCAAGAUAGCUAAGGGAGUCAGUAGGUUUGUAGUAGAUGUUGGUCAAUAGUUUGUUUCAUAUGAUGGAGAUGGUGAGAUCUAGAAAUGGUAGGGAGAUGUCAGAGAGGGUCCAAGUUAAUUUAAGUGCUGGAUGGAAAUUAGUGCUGGUUGAUGAGGUCAGUGAGUUAUUCAUGGGUGCAGGAGGUAGCACCAAUACAGUCGUCAAUGUAGCGGAGAUAGAGUUCGGAGAUAGGGCCAGUGUACACCUGGAACAAGGAUUGUUCGACGUACUUUACAAAGAGGCAGGCCGCAUCCUGCAGAUUGUUAAAGGGCCUGUCCCACUUUUUCGGCGACUGCCGGCGUCAUAUCAGUGUCGCCAAAAGAUUUUGAACAUUUCAAAAUCCAGCGGCAACAACAAAAAAUGUUGCGCCACUUGAAAAAACACCGGGCGUCAUACGUCAUCACGCCACGUCAUGCCGCAAAUUUUUCGGUGACCUGUCAGUCAAUGUUGCCGGCAGUCGCCGAAAAAAUCGCCAAGUGGGACAGGCCCUCGAUAUCCUUUCAUUAGCAUUGUGACCAGCUGUGUGCGAUUGGUGUAGCUGGCUUCCUUUGUAAGAACCAUUUGAAAUUUAUUUGGUAAUUACCCCAUUUGAUGACAAGCUUCAUUAAAAGCUCUAAUCCUUUCAUCUAUGCUGAAAGCCCUGGGGCAUUGUGUGUAUUAUUAUUCCCAUAAAUUCCACAAGGAAAUCUAAUUUCCUGUUAUAACAUCAAGAAUCAAGGAUUAUAAUAUGCACAAAUACAUUUUGCUUUAGACACUGGAGGCACUUUCAGUAACAAAUGUACUGUAUUGAUGGUAGAUUUUUGUUUGACCAAGUUUGACAAUUGUUCAUCUUUUAUCACUCGUCUUAUAUCCGAUAGGCUCAUUUAAGUGAGGGAGGUUACAUAAUCAAACAUUUCAAAAUUUGGGCACUGUAUCAGCAUCGCACACCUUUGUACCUGUUUUCAAACUGACUGGUCUCAGUGCGAUGUAUCUUGUUCGCAACACCAGUCAUCAACUGCCUCUCUACUCCCCAAAGCAAGCCAUUAGUUGCGACUCCAUUUCCCACACUAACCAGCAAGCUCUCUGUUCCCCACCACCAACCAUCAAAGUAUGUUAUGAAGUCUGUCAUUAAACCAAGAUUUCAAAGAUCAAUGGAAACUAUCUCACCUCAUGACAAUUGAAACCUACUUCAAUCAUCACUGGCCCAGGUAUGAUGAGGCAGUCAGAGGGGUUGCGUACUCCUGCCGAUAUUGCUGCUGUUAGGUAGUAAAUGAGAGAGUCAUAAUUCAUGGAGAGGUGGAAUGUGCUACAGGAUUAGCGUUAUAGGACUAAAUACUCCAUGUCAUUGAUGCCUAUGAUUUGAAUAUUGUUUUUAACAGUGCUGAUGAGUAAUUUCUCCCUAUGAUUUCAUAUAUAAAAUAUUCCUUGUAAUGGUACCACAGCCAUAGAUAUUCCCUGCCUGUAAUGCUGCUGGAUAAGUUUUGUAUUGUAUUUAAAGCUAAUCUAGAUGUAUUCAGAACAGUAAUAACAUGCAGUUCAUCAGUAAGUUAAACAAAUAUAAUAAUGUACCUUUGUAUGUUAAUACACUCAUUUCAUUCCACCAAUCAAUUGUAUCACACAAUGUGUAAUAAAAAUGAUGAUGUUUAUUUCUUGAAA